CACUGGUACACAAGCAUGGCUGACAAGCAGUGAGGAUGUCAGUCAGGAGCAGUUACAGACUCAAUUUAUAGAUACCGGUGUAUUGAAAUGUAUAUUUUUGUGUUGUGCUAACGCUACACGUCUGUUGGGACGCUGACUUCAUUUUUACUUUAUAUUAUUUUUACUUUAGGUUGUAAAUUCUCGUGAGUUCACCUGUUUAGCAAACUGUUAGCUAAGUUAGCAUUAGCUACGCGACCGCAGCACUGUGCCUACAAUGUUGGAAGAAGCAGAGACGAGGCAAAAAUUGCAGUUUGACCCGUGUGUGAACAGUCACAGACCCUCGUCAGCAAAGUCACAGGACAUUUCUCAUGUGUUCGCCAGCGUCUUCAAGGACCUUUACACGAAAGACAUCAUUGGAAAAGACACUGUGUCCAACCUCGUCAAGACAAAGAGUGGACGAAGCAGUUAUCAUGACAAAUAUGUUGAGGAGCUUAAGCAGGCUCAUUCUGAAUAUGAACGGUGUAUAAAGGAGGCUGACAUGCUGGAGAGACACAUAAUUGAGGCCUCCGCUCGGGCUGCAGCCAUAGAAAGGCAAGAAUAUGAGAAAAUGAAGGAGAAGAUGGGAGAUGUUUGUGAUCUCCCAGGCUUGCUUACAGUUAAAUCAGCCUUUGCCAGGUGUGUAGAUAAUGAUCUUCUCAAAAAGCACAACUUGAUCGCCCCACAGGACUACUUGCCUGCACCAAAACCACAAGAACUAGCAGCAGCAGCAGGAAGAUUAAAUCCUGUCAAACCCACCAACAUCCACGCCACAUGUGUGUCUGAGGGUUCUACACCGAUUCCAAGCCAAGAAAAGCCUAUUUUAGAAAUGACUGAGUCAGAUCAUAGUCUAGCCUCUGAAUCCAACUCAGAUGCUACAAAGAGGAAAAAAACUCAGAAGGAGAAGCCAAACCAGACUAAAACCAGACCAAAGUGGAAGGGUGAGCCAAGUGCGAAGGAUCGAGCAGAGGGGUGGGAGGCACUUCAGAAACUGAAAGAUCGGAGCAGCUUCCUACGCAAUCCACGCUUCCUUCCCCCAAAUGCACAGCAGGGCAGCAUUUCCCUUACCCGGGCCAGAACCAAAGUGAAAAUGGAGCUUGAAAGGAAAUGCCUUGAGCCGCAAAGCCACGCUGAGGAUUCUGUCCCCAUCUUCCUAGCAAAACCUUCAGUGGUGGUUUUUACUGACUACAGCGUGGGACAUGUUUAUGAGACUACACUGGAGCUGAAAAACUUGACUUCUUCAGGCCGUCAUGUCCGCGUCAUCCCCCCUACCACUCCUUACUUCUCUAUCGGCCUGGGAAGAUUCCCGGGUGACGGUGGUGUUGUUGCCCCUGGGAUGAGCUGUAAGUACACAUUACGCUUUGCUCCAGACUCACUUGCAGACUAUAAGGAUUUUAUAGUGGUGGAGACCCAGGCUGAGCACCAGCUUUUGGUGCCUAUUGAGGCACGGCGACCUCCUCCUAUCCUCACCUUACCGAGAGUUCUAGACUGUGGCUAUUGUCUGGUUGGAGGAGUUAAGUUUGUUGAGUUUCUGUGCCACAAUGUUGGUCUCAGCACUGGGACCUUUUGCAUCAUCCCCAAGAACCAGUGGCCAGCUUCGAAUCUCAGGUCUGUGGCCAAAACCUCCUUUUCUGAGCAGCCGCCCUUUGCAGUUAGUCCCUCCCUUUUUGUGCUGCAGCCAGGUGAAGUCACUGUAAUGGAGGUGGUUUUCUUUCCCACCACAGAAGAGAAGAGCUGUCAGGUUUUCACUGUGGUCUGUGACAACUGCCAGGUCAAAGACAUUUCCAUUGAAGGUGAAGGUAAGCUGAUUGCCCUUGAGCUCCUGUCUGUAUCUGAGGAGACGGAGCCUCUUGGGGUUGGAGAGGUGCACGACCUCACUGCAGAGUACUUUGUUCGUUUCAGUCCAUGUAGCCCUCACUCUGUGCAGCAGAAGAAGGUGGUCAUCAGAAACAAUGUCCACUUGGAGCUCCCUUUCCACUGGCAGGUCAUGAAGCCCAACCUGCACCCUCUACUUCCAGGGGAAACCCUAGAAUCCUCCCAUGUCCAGCUCCACCGUGCUGAAGACAGUGUUUUCAACAUCAGCCCCUUAACAGGCCUUCUAGCUCCCUGUGAGGAUCAAGAGUUUCUGCUCACCUUCUCACCUACAGAGCUGAAGGAUUACCACAGUGUCUUUCACCUGGUUCUGACGGAUGUUCCUCAGCUGCCACCAGAGUCCAGUGACAGCAGCGUCCUUCAGCCUGUGCAGACUGGCUCCAAGGUGAGCAGUGUCGUCGCCAUGGAGAUAGAGGUCAAGGGGUCAACAGAGCCAUACCGGGUCCUGCUGGAGCCCUACACUGUCGUCGUUCCUGGAGAGAUUUUGACUCACACCCCCACUCGCAGGCAGUUCAAGAUGUGGAACCACAGCAAAACCUUCAUCUUGUUUAAGUGGGAAAAGAUUAACAGCAGCAGCCACAUCAUAGAAGUAGAGCCAUCUACUGGCAGAAUAGAGGAAAACGAGUGUUUUGAUUACGAUCUUAUUGUGACUGGAGGGAAACCAGAGAGAGUUGUGACUAGCUUGGUUUGCUACAUUCAACACCAUGACGAGCCCGUGACUUUGGCAGUAGAAGUCUCCUUCAAAGGUCCCACAGUCACUGUCAGCAUUCCCAGUGUGGACUUUGGGCUCAUCAGGUUCGGGGAGCAGACUCAAACCUCCCUGGUCCUCACCAACACCACCCCGCUGGAGGCUUCCUGGACACUGGACGAGAGGCUUCACAAUCAGCAGGAACACCAAGACACACAGAUCUUAGUGGAGCCAUGCAGAGGUGUGCUUCCCCCCUUGGCUUCCUGCAAUGUGGAUGUGUUCUUCAGGCCACAUUUCUGCCAGCAAUUUAAAACAGAGCUGGAGCUGAGUGUGGAGAAUGGAACAGGAUGUCACCUGUUGGUGCGAGCAGAUGUGCAGUCUCCCCAGGUGUAUCUGCUAAACUGCAAGCUGGUUCUCUCUGAACUUUACAUUGGGGUUCCUACCAAGGGGACUGUAACACUUUUCAACCAGACUCUGCUGCCAUCACACUUCAGCUGGAAGAACCAGCUCCAGGGAAAACAAGCUUCACUGUGUACUGCCAGCUUUAACCCCUCCUCUGGUAUUCUGGGACCUCAUGCCACCAUGGAGAUCACAGUUGAUUUUACCUCUCACAUAGAUCUGGAGCUGACUGAGGUGGCUGCUCUCUGUGAGGUCCAGGGGAUGAACUCUCCUCUCGUUGUUGGCAUUGUGGCUUCUAAGCCCAAGAAACUCAGUGUGUCCUACUCACUGCCUGGUGUCAGGUCCUCCACAGGAAGCCAUUCAGCAGUGGUGCUUGACUUUGGAGAUGAUGCCAUUGUGAAGAGAGCUGUUACCAAGCAGCUAAUGAUAUCUAAUCAAACUGCGAUUCCUGCCCCUUUCACCGUAGAGGUAGAAUACUUCACCUGCCAUGCCUCAAAGUCAAAUUACCAGUCAGAGAAAAGACUCCCAUACGCUAAGAAUCCUCUUCACUGUGUUCAAGCUAAGAAAGUGGAAGAAAAAGCACAUGCGGAGUUUGUGAGUAGCUUGCUGGCUCAUGGAAAGGGUGCAGCUUUCUUUGUCCUGCCAGACACGGGGACGCUGGGACCAUUUGAGACCCAGACUGUGGACGUGACUGCCUACAGCGACAUGUGGGGGGAAUACAGAGAUCACCUCAUAUGCAGAGUGGGGGAGCUUGAGCCGGUGCAUAUUCCCAUGCAGAUGACAGUGAAAGGUUGUCCUCUGUACUUCCAGAUGACAGGUCCACAAGCAGAUAACCAGCACCAGGGACCAACCAUACGCUUUGGCACUCACAUCUCUGGAGGCGACACAGUGUCUCGCUCUCUUCGCAUCAACAAUCCCACCAUGUUCGAUAUUCGUAUUGACUGGGAGACUUACAACAUAGAUCAGAAUGACCAUAAACUGGUGGAUCUUGUCGUGACAUAUGGAGAAGCCUUCCCAAUUAAAGAUGCUGAUGGCAAUGAGGUGCUGAGUGGGGCGUUAAGGCUUUCUGAUGGAAGCAUUCAAACAGUCUGGGAAAGGGAUGAAACCCCUCGCUCGGAGGGAACAAACUCAUCUCUUCAAAGCGUGACUGAUGCGGAAGAGGUGGAAGUUUUAUCCGAGGAUGAUUGUGAGGAAGAAGAGGAAACUCGUCUUUAUCCGUUUCCUGAGAAGAAAAAACUCAUCUCUGUGCACAUCAGACCUCAUAUGGGCAACCUCUCAGACUACCCCUACUGCAUCACACCACAACAGAUAGUGAUUCCAGCUAAGGGCAGUGCCACUAUCCAUGUAUCCUUCACCCCUCUGACUCUUUCUGAGUCGGCUCGUGAGUCCAGAUGUGUGGGUUUGGCUGUGGGUUUCAUGAGUCUCGACUCUCAGAUGGCUGCAUGUGUCCUGGGUAAAGUUGGAAGGGCUCAAGGUUUGGAUUUAGAGCCUGUCAGAAUGGAUCUACUUGCAGCCGUGAAACCUGCAGUGCUGUUAGUGCAGAUGGAGGAGGACGACGGGGUGCUGGAGUUUCAUGCCUCGGCCGGUGAUUUACUGAGGGCAGAAUCAGACAAGGAGGUAGUACUGCGGGAAUUCGACAUCACACAGACGUUUAAGCUGACAAACGCCUCAGAGAUCCCCCUACACUUUAGAGUCAAGACUCAGCCUCCAUUUUUUGUGCUCAAGCCGCAACCCCGAACCAACACCUCCAGCAACCCUCCUACUGCGGAAAAUCAAUCUCUAGUGCUUCAGCCUCAACACAGCAUGCGGGUGAAAGUGGCCUUUCACUGCUCUUUAUCUCUUCUGGGCCAUUUGGACCAGACGGAUGAGGAAGCCCCUCCUGGUGUGAUGCUGAGCCACAGUGCAAAGGGGCAAAAGAAGCUGAUAUUCGAACAAAACCUUGUGAUCCACUACGACAACAGCGACCGGCAGACUGUGCCUCUCCGUGCAAAUGUGGAACUUUGUACACUGCGUCUAUCCACUGACAGCAUCAACUUCGGGCUCUGCUACAUGGGCCAGACCCAAACCAGAGAAGUGAACCUCUACUGCCAUGGAGCCCACACCUACUGGAAAUCACUUAUAAGAGACUCCAGUGUGUUCAGAGUUACACCAGACUUUGGGCUGCUCAGAUCCAAGGAGCUCAAUGCUGCCCGCUGCAGCCAGAGUCUUCAGAUCAGCUUCACCCCCAGUGAGGGCAGAGAGUUCAGAGCCCUGCUGGUUGUCCAGUCUCCUCUGGUGAAGUCUCCCCUCACUCUGCAGCUCCAGGGAACAGGAUCCUUUGAUAAGGCGCACAGGACAAGCUGCAAGUCCUUAUAACGUCACAGCCACCACCUGCUUUUUAUCAGCUCUCCUUAAAUCUUUACAGACUUUUUCUUAAGAAUGUAAAUAAAUAUAAAGAACAACUAAUCAGAUCUCAUUUAAUUACAUACAACAGUGUUUAACCAUUUUCGUUAUCGUAAAAUUAAGUUAUUACUGCUUUCAUAAUGUCACGAUACACCUGAAGACCUAAAGACACUUAACAUACAUUAGAUGCUCCUAAAGUCUUGAUUAAAUUGCCUUUGCUCAGACUCCAUGUUUACAUACCAAUCAGUGAUUUAUGCAGUUCAAUGUGAAUUUGAGUUGAUUUGGCGCUUGAACGUGAAGAAACUUAAUCGCCCGCUUUGUUACAUGUAUAUUACAUAGAGGUAUUGCAACUCGUGGUAAACUAAGGGAGAUUCCAAGGAAAAUCAAUGUUUAAAUGUUAAGUCAUCCAGUUAUCUCGUGCAGCAGCAGCAGCUCCCAUUUCAGUCUGAGUGUUCAUGUGCCCCAUGCAAUAUGCCUGAGAAACUAUUUUGAAAUAAAAAAACACCAAAUUCGGAUGAUAGGAAAGGUUGUUUGAGCAUUAAAUUCUGCAUUUCUGUGGUGGAUUUUUUCAAAUUAGUCUUAAACGUUGAAAUAACUGUUUGCAAAACCAUUCUGCCUUUGUGUUUACAUACUGGGAAUUGCAGCUUUGCUAACAGUUUGCUGAGUAAGAAAUCUACCAUUUCCUGCAGUCAUUUUGAUCUCCAGUAUUUUUAGGGUUUCCUGUUGUUUUGAUUUGUGCUCCAGCAAGUCAGUAUCAGCUGCAGUUUACCCCUUGAGCGAUUAACAGAUUUUUUUCCAGAAGACCCUUUAGCAAAAAUCAAAAAAACAACACCUAGAAAGAUAAAUAUGCAACCGUGUUUAUCAGCACAUACACCUUAGCAGCUUGUUCCAGCGCUGCCGGGAAAGUAAAGGCUUUUACCCAAAGCAUGAUGAGAACUCCCACGGUUUCAGAGCUCCUGGGACUCAUGUCAGACCUGUAACCUUUGGGGACAUCGCAUUUGGCUGGAAGUCACUGUGACAGAAUUUAUUGGUGUGAGCUGGGGACUGAAGAUUCAUGUGUCAGUUGCUGUAAAACACAUAUAAAGGCACUGGAAUUCACUAGCAAAUCAAUAACUCGUGCUUCAAAUAGACAUAAAAUCCAUUGAAGGUGGUGUGAAGCAAUGUUGGCACUUGAAACAUAGCAACAGACCAAACAUUAUUUUCUUAAAAAAGGAAAUUUCUGAACCCUUUACCCCAAUAGAGGGCAUCUGGAGGCUCUGUUGUGCUGUUGUGGGUUUAGGUUCACUUGUCACCUCAGAGUAGGGAGGUCAAACAUGCAGAUGACUUUACAAAGCUUAAAAAUUACAGAGAAGACAUUAACUGCAAAUUUGUCAAACUAUAAUUUUUAGACUGACAAGUUAUUUUGAUCAUAAAAUAAAAUACUAUAGUGCUCAUUG